AUGGAAUUCCUCUCACUUCACAAUCUCCUCCUUGCACUUCUCACAUUUUCCGCAUAUUGCAUCUCUUUAGCCGUCUACCGCCUGUAUCUUAGCCCUCUUGCGAGAUUUCCUGGGCCGAAGCUGGCUGCUUUGACGUUGUGGUACGAGUUCUACUAUGAUGUUAUCAAGCGAGGUCGCUACACAUGGAAGAUCGCAGAGUUGCAUGAGCGCCACGGCCCCAUCAUACGCAUCAGUCCUUACGAGUUGCAUAUCAAUGACCCUGACUACUAUGAUGAGCUAUACGUAGGUACUUCUAUCCGGAGGUCUAUGAAAUAUCAGUGGUCUAUGAAAGGGUUUGGUCCAACCAUUGCGACCUUCUCAACCGAAAGCCACGAACUUCACCGCACCCGAGCCGCAGCCCUGGCGCCUUUUUUCUCCAAAGCUUCCGUAUAUCAUUUGGAACCUUCAGUCCAGUCUAUCGUCGACCAACUUGUGGCACGUCUACGAACCGUCCAAGGAGCUGGCAGCAAUGUCAAUAUGAUUGAUGUCUUUACCUCUCUCACAGGUGAUGUGAUCAGUCAAUAUGCUUUUGCACGCCCGUUUGGUUUCAUGCGAAGCCCUGAUUUUUCUCCACACUGGCAUCAGUUGAUGAUGGAAGUUUCGGAAACAUCCCAUGUCUUCAAGCAGUUUGAAUGGCUGGAACCUAUGAUGCGAAGCAUUCCUCCAUCGCUUAUCAAAAUGGCCAGUCCUAAAUUAUCAUCUUUAUUUGGCAUGCAAGAUACGAUCCGGGCACAGGUGUUAGAAAUCAAGAAAGAGCACGCCGAAGGGCGCAAGCCCAGCGGCCGGAGGACCAUUAUAUAUGAUAUCCUCACGAAUGAUCAAAUAAGACCUCAGGAUAAAGAGACCGAGCGUCUUUUGGCGGAAGCACUAUCAGUUGUUGCUGCUGGGACAACUACGACUGCGCACACGCUGUCGGUAUUGGCAUUCCACAUACUUCACAAUCCAGGAAUCUUAAACAAAUUACAACACGAGCUCGAAAGCGUAAUGCCGCAGCCAGACUCGCAGCCGAGGUGGAGCGAGCUUGAGCAACUGCCCUACAUGACUGCCUGUAUUCAGGAAGCUUUGAGAUGGGGUUAUGGAGUCUCCCAUCGGCUUCAACGAAUGUUUCCAGACACCGCCCUGCAGUACAAGAGUUGGAAAAUUCCAAUGAAUACGCCUGUAGGCAUGACCUCAGUCAUGCUCCACGAUGACCCCUCCCUCUUCCCAAAUCCCCGCUCAUUUCAGCCUGAACGAUGGCUUCAACCUUCCAAGACUCAGUUGCGCAAAUACCUGGUUCCAUUUGGUAAAGGAUCUCGAUCAUGUCUUGGCAUGAAUCUCGCAUACUGCGAGCUCUACCUCACCCUCGCUGCCAUUUUCGCCCCAAAUCGGUUCCGGUUCGAGCUAUAUGAGACGGACGUUACAGAUGUAGAAAUUGCGCAUGAUUUCUUCAAUCCCUGCUACAGGGCCAAUUCGAAGGGCAUGAGGGUCGUUGUCCAUUGA